CAGCAAGAGAAUACUCAACCCCAAAAGGUUACUAUACCACACCUCGGUGCUUUAGAGGAAGACGACGAAUUUGAAGAAUUCACUGCCGAAGACUGGAAUGAAAUGGAAGAAGACCAAGAAACUCAUUUAUGGGAGGAUAAUUGGGAUGAUGAAGAUGUUGAGGACGAUUUUUCUAAACAUGUACUACUUCUUAAAGAGCAAAAUGGACCACUCGCGCUUCAACAUUUCCAUACAAAAAUGACAGAAAUUUUCGCGUGUCGAACUCCCGAACGUUGGGUGAUUGCUGCGAAAUUAUAUUUUGAUACCAAAAUCGCUAGUAAUAGUGAAACGAUAAAGAAACAGUUGUACACUAUAGGUUAUUCCAAUAUUAAUCGACUAUUCGUAUUAUCGGAAGAUUGUAUUAUUGAAACUGAAACCGAAAUGGAUAUCGUUAUUUCAAGUCUAAAAAAUUUAUGGCAACAUAGACCCACUUCACGAUAUGAAGGUAACGCGUAUAGUGUAGGUGAUUUUAUUGUUCGAGCUGCUAAUCCAACUAUUGUUCAAUCUUCUUAUCAAGGCAUGUUGGUUGAGGUUGAAUAUCUUCCUACUGUACAUCCACAUGUUGCUAUUCCACUUUUACAUGAAUUUAUUGAUAUGAUAAUUACUCCAAAUUCGACAGUUGUACAAUGGGAACCAAAAGGUGAGGAUUCAUAUUCAAAAGUAGGUUUGUCGGAAGAAAUUUUUACAAGGACUCACACAAGUUAUCAGUAUAUGAGAUUAUUUAAAGCCGAGAACUUAUUAUUAUCUUGA